CAUUCCAUUGCCAACCGUUCGACAGUGCAGUCGAGUUCCGACACACGCUGAUCGCCGAAUAACAAGACACAGCAGCGCGUGAGUGUGACCACCAAAGCGUAGAUAGACGUACGUUUAACCAGAUCGUUACCGAGGAAAGUUUUUGCGGUAUUUUCAAGAACGCUCGUGUGUGCUUUGAGUGCGGAUACUAUCUGAAAAAGGAAACAAACAUGGCGUCCAAAGUGCAAGAAAAUGGAAAUGCAGCAGCUGGAGCCGCUACAAGCAACACCACCAGCGCGGACGGCGGGGCGCCGACCAAUGCCGCCCUGCUGCCACACCUCGAGUCGCUCGAUCGGAUGCUGAAGCUGCCGGUAGUGGACGCCACCUGGCAGCAGACACAGAACGUCUACGGGCGUGUGAAAGACUACAAUCCACUGCUGACGUGGGCCCUCGGAACGGCGGAGGAUGUUGUGUGCCGCGCGGUCACCAUUUCGGCGCCGCUCGUCCAAAAGCUGGACCGCCCGCUGCAGCUGGUGGACCAGACGCUGGUGAAGGGCAUCGACAAGCUGGAGGUAAACGCACCGAUCAUCAAGGAGCAGCCGGCCGAGAUCUACCAGCAGGCGCGCACGCGCGUCCUCGAGACGGUGAAGCCGCACAUCGAGAAGGUGUGCGAGCUGCGCUCGGCAUCCCAGCAGCGGGCCGCCUCGCUGAAGGAUCUCUCCUGGCGCAAGGCGAACGAGGUCCUGGCGACACAGUACGGUAGCCUGGCGGUGAACGGCGUCGACACCACGGCUCAGCUCGCCGAACGCCUGCUCGACUACUACUUCCCCAAGUCGGACACCGACACUGACGACGACAACGUGCUCAUCUCCGCGAAAGACGACCCCGUGCUGCACACGGUGCAAACCGUCGGACGCCUAUCCAACAAGGUGGCUCGCCGCGUUUACCGGACCGUCUCCACGCAGGUAAAGUCCCUCCGCAAGGAAGACGUCCGGGACUACGUAGCGACACUCAUCGCCGUGCUCCGCCUGACACAGUACCUCAACUUCAUCAACGAGAAGCGGCAAUCGGUCGAGGGGCCACAGGGCAAGGACGCCGCCACCGAUAGCAGUACCACCGCCACCAACACCACCACCACCUCCGCCACCUCCUCGUCCACCACCAGCACGUCCGAUGUGGUCGCCACCACCAACAGCAGUAAAACGCUCCAGCCUCCGAAGCAGGAAUAGGUCUAUAGACACGUUAGGUUUUUUUUGGAAAGAUCGCGUGCGAUGGGAAAGAGAGGGCAGGGGGGGGGGGGGGGGGGGGGGAGACAUAUGCAUAAUCAAGUAGAAUACAGUAGGAAGCGGGCAUCCCACACUCAGCAGCGUGCACACAAACACGCAUAUUUACACUGACCGAGGAGGAGCAUUGAUGCACGUGCAUCGUGCACGCAUGAGAGUCGUGGGACGCAACUACUUUUACUAUAUACAUAUAUUAAUUAUAUACCAGGUAAGGGGGGAUCUUUCCCGUGGAAGCUAAGCAGAAGAUUGCACCAGCGUGUGGGCGAGAGACCAGACAUUGCCACGCGUUGGUUUGGCAUGGAUAAUCCGUGUAAAGCUGUGAGUUUAGUUGUAAAGAAGGCAGACAGAAAGACAGAAGCUCCACCACAAUAGUACCGCCCUCAGUGGGAAAAGCGCGUAGCCUUCCCUGAUAUCGUUAUGGGCUUUAUUUUUUGUUUUUGUUUUUUAACAAAUGCGUCCUUGUGUUUUUGAGCGCAGACGACUUUCCUAUUCUGGUGAGAGUCAGUGUUUUGCAUUGGAUGUGUACAGGCGUGACCACCGCUACUGGUAACGAUGGAAAUCGUAACAAACAAUUGCGUCUAUGUAGGUUAAUUUGUGUUUAAAUGUUUUUUUUUCUGUUUGUUCUAUUUUGAUUGUUUAUGAAGAAAACAUGUUAAUAAAGAAAAAAUCAUCUUUUUUUGUA